AUGACUUUAGAUAAUUUAUCAAUUCAGAAUACUUUGAAUUGUAUUAAUAAUACUUUAAAAUGCGAAAAUGAGGCAGUUAACAAUUUACAUCAACAAUAUUUAUCAGAUGAAUUUUCAAUUGCAAAUUUAAUGAAUUCGAUAAAUAUUUUAUAUAAUACUAUAACAAAUGAUGGUAAAAUUAUAAUAACAGGUAUUGGAAAGUCAUACAAAUUAUCAUUAAAAUUAGUUGCUACUUUAAAUUCAUUAUCUAUUCAAUCAGCAGCUUUACAUCCAUCAGAAGCGUUGCAUGGAGAUUUAGGUUCGAUAAAUCUUGAUAAAGAUUGUUUAAUUAUGGUUACUGCAAGUGGAAAUACUCCAGAAUUGAUAAAUCUAUUACCACAUUUAAGUGGUUCAGGUAAUUUACCAAUUAUUUUAUUAACAUGCAAUAAAAAUUCAAAAUUAUCACAAUCACAUCAGAUAAAUUCAUUAAUUUACGCAAAUUUGUUAGCUUGUCAUCAAGAAGAAGUAGUUCAUGGAAUACCCGCGCCUACUAUUAGUUAUACACUAAGUUUGAUCCUUGCAGAUUCUGUUAUUUUAGCAAUGAGUGAAUUAUUUGAAACUGAUUUAAUCAAAAGAAAGAAAUUAUUUUCAAUUAAACAUCCUGGUGGUUCAAUAGGUGAAAAUUUAAAUCAACAAUUUAGUGAAAAAUCAUCUACUGUAUCUUUAUUAAGUUUAAGACAAACAAAUUCCAAUUCCAAUUCAAUACCGCAAUCCAUUUCAUCAAAUUCAUCAAAUAUUUCAGAUGAUGAUAUUGAUAUUUUAAUAACUCAUAAUAAUACUGUUCCAACUACUACUAAUCGAAGAAUAUUAAGUUAUAAAGAAGUUUUAAAUAUUGAUGAAAUAACGUUAUUAAAAUAUAUUACAUUAUAUGAUUCAUUUUUAAUUAAUGAUACAAAAUUAAGUAUAGGGUCAAAUAAAAUCAAAGAAUUAUAUAGGUUUUAUCAAGGUAAUAAUUGGGAUAAAUUUAAAUGGGAUUUAUUAAGAGCAUUUUCUUAA